UCCUGGGAAUAUUGUCUUCGCAACUCAUUAUUGAACGCCCUUAGCUAGCAUCAUUGAAUUUUUUUGUUUCAAAGCGGUAGCUAGAGUACUGAGGGGAUAGUGUUGACUUGACACACCGCUACAGUCCAUAACGAAUAGUGACCGAGACGACUCUACUGCAGACACAAUGUCACAUUCUUGCGAGCUAACACUCGUCUCUGGAGAGGAGAAUGAACCAGACCCGCACCCUUCGGAGAAACCCGAUCGAGUCGUCAUCCUGAUGGGCCGUACAGGCAAUGGAAAGUCAACGCUGGCCAACGUUAUCGCCGGUCGACCAAGAGGAGACCUCUUCCCAGAGUCCGCUAGAGUGCUAUCGGAGACUGUUGGAACUCCUUCAAAGCGAGUCGCUGUGAGGUACGGCACAUCUCCCCGUAAGCGAUAUGUCCUGAAAAUCGUGGACACGAUCGGGUUUGGCGAUACGGGGAAGUCUGCCGCGGAUGUGCUAAAACAGCUUGGAGAUCUGGCAUCUGAUUGCCGUAGUGGAAUUCAUCAGCUGUUAUUCGUAACUCGAGGCCGCUUUACAAAAGAAGAAGAGGACGUGUUCGAUCUCGUUCGGACAGUCAUAUUCGAAUCAUCCAUCAUACACCACAUCUGUGUUGUGCGCACAGGCUGUGACGACUUUGAGGACGAGGAGCAGAAUGAGGCCAUGCGACGCGAGCUUCGGACUGCACUGCCAUUGCUGAAGUCAGUCAAGAUCAUUCCGGUCAAUAAUACCAAGGUCACCAGGCGCAACGAGCGUGGUGCCCUGGAGGAGAGAGCAAUCUCCCGACAGCGACUGCUGACGCAUUUGAUAACACAAUGCUCCUCUGCCUACGUGCCGAGUCGUGACGUUAUUCGCGGCGUGCAAGGCAGAAUUGAAGGCCACGUUCGUGAACAAAAUCGACAUGAACGAGAACUCCAGGAAACCAAGACAAAAUUGCUGGAGUUCAAAAGUCAGGUGCAGCGUCAGAAGAAUCAGCAGGAUAUCGACAAGCGGAACAUGGAUGCAGCCAUUGCCCGCAUGCGCUCACAAGAGCAGUCAGCCAUUGCCGAAGCGCAGAGGAGCACAAGACAAUUGGAAAGUGCUCAACGAGAUCUAGAACGAAGCCAAGCCGACCUGCGAUCGAAGGCAGAAUCUAUGACACGCGACGCACGUGUACGGGAUCGUCUCCAGCAAAGGGUGCGAAACCUGGAGCAAGAGCUGGAAAAAAAGAAGGCUCGGCUCGCAAGAAGUGAAUCAGAACGAUCAUUCAUGCAGCUCAGUGUUCAGGUUACUAAACUCCUUAUAAACAGUGCGAUACUUAGGAUAGAGUUGGAGGCGAGUUGUGCUUAGCUCCGUAAAUUCUAGUCUUGCCCUUGUUCCUUGUGGACUGUUGUGGUGUUCCCACGGAUGCGCAAAACUCGGUCUAACCGAGUCUACGCGAACCGUGAUGUGUUUGUCAUUAAAAUCACUGCUGGUAUUUCUCAUACUAUGGUUCCUAUAUGAGUCCUGUUUGCAUGCUUUGUCCACUAGUGCAGAGACUACUCCUGAGCAGCGCUGUAUGAAAUGAAAUGUUUUGAAUCCUUCUCCGUUGUUUCCUAUUCACUUUUGUUGUUUCCAUCGAUGGUAUGUUCCUGUGUGAAAUGCUUACUGCGCUACUCGCACUACUCGCAGUCAUAGCGCCAUUGAUUGAUUUUAUUUGGAUUCGCGAGACCAAACGAGCAGGAGUGCUAAAUAACAGGGUAGCGAAUGGUUGAAUUGUG